AUGAAAUGUGACCAGCAGGAUAUCUUUCGAAUCGACUAUGGGGGACUGUUCGAAGACAGAAAGGUGGAAGACCUCCAGCAGAAAGAUUUUCUCUUGAUGCCACCUUCUGUGUACGCGUUUGUCCUGCGAAGCCGGCAAUGGGUCACAGUGCCCAUGGCAGGACUAUCAUCUGUUUCCUUUGAAAAUAAUUUUGAGGAGCUCAUGCUUCCAGCUGACCAUAAGAAAACGGUUCUUGCAUUGGUAGAGACGCACGAAAGAGGGCACGGAGCUUCUUCCGAAGCUGCUGAGAGAUCAACAGCCAACUCGCUUGAUAUUGUGAAGGGGAAAGGAGCUGGCCUUAUCAUUCUUCUUCAUGGGGAACCAGCCUUCAAGUCUCGUGUCCAUCUAAGCCUGUACUAUCCUCGUCUGGGUCUGGAUGCAGUUCUCAAACUCUGCGAGGUCUUUCUGCACAAAACGAAGGAGGCGAUGCAGCGACCGGGAGCCCUGCAGUUCCGCAUCAAGGAGGAUGAAAUCUUCAGCUUUGCCAAGCGGCACCACGAGAGUCUGCACAAGCAGGGAACUUGGAAUGGGAGACAAAUUCGAAACGCGUUCCAGACGGCCAUUGCACUCGUCGAAUACGACAUUAUCAAGCAGACAUCAACGUCCAAGAAGCCAUCGCUCGGGAAGAAGCAGUUCAAGGUGGUGGCCGAGGCUUCGCGCAAAUUUGGCGACUACCUAAUCCGCACCCUGCAGGGCUUCGACGACGAGAUUGCGGCCAAGGAUCAAUGGCGUAAUGAUCAGGACCAUAACGUUUCCAUAGGUGCAGGCAGGCCUUCGGAAAGCGAGUCGGGAAGUUCCGAAAGUGGGGCGGAGGAGGAGAAGGCGGUGCCGCCAAUGGGAAUCGCCAAGGGAAAGUCCAAGGAGCAGGACAGCGGGCAAUUCGACAAGGAGCUGUUUGAAGAGUUUCGUCGAUUCAAGAUGAUGCAGGAAAAGUAUGGGGGGGUGUAA